GUGAGGAGAAGCGCUAGCGGCUCCCGUUAUCUCUGUGCCGAUGGCGCUGCCGGCGUCGCGCCGCGCCGCUGUCACUAGAGGGACGGAGAAUGCUGUGAUUGAACUUAAAAGUAAAGCCAAAACUCACCUCACUGGCAAAAGGGGUGCUUUGGAAGAAAUAGGAAAUAAAGUUGCAACAAGAGGAGCACAUGUAGCUAAGAAAACAGAAUGCUUGAAAGCAUCCAUAAAGCCUACAAAAGCACCUAGUAAGACGACAAAUGGAAUUGUACUGCCUAAACCUCCAGCGGCUGCAAAUCGAGCAUGCAAAGAAACUGGUGUUCCAAAGGUUCUGUCUCCUGUCCCUAUGGAUGUAUCUAUGCAAGAGGAGGAUUUGUGCCAAGCCUUUUCUGAUGUGUUGCUCAACAAUGUAGAAGACAUUGAUGCUGAGGACUGGGGGAAUCCCCAGCUGUGUAGUGACUAUGUAAAAGAUAUCUACCUGUAUCUGAGGGAGCUUGAGCUGCAGCAAUCGAUCCGCCCGCAUUACCUUGAUGGGAAGACGAUCAAUGGACGUAUGCGUGCAAUUUUAGUUGAUUGGCUUGUCCAGGUCCACUCAAGGUUCCAGCUUUUGCAGGAAACACUGUAUAUGUGUGUUGCAAUUAUGGAUCGCUUCUUACAAAGUCAUCCAGUACCUCGUAAGAGGCUUCAGCUGGUGGGUGUAACAGCGCUGUUUCUAGCUUCAAAAUACGAAGAGAUGUUGUCUCCUGAUGUAGCAGACUUUGUUUACAUUACUGACAAUGCCUACACCAGUGAUGAAGUCAGAGAAAUGGAGAUUAUGAUUCUUAAAGAGUUAAACUUCGAUUUGGGACGACCUCUUCCAAUUCACUUCUUAAGAAGAGCAUCAAAAGCUGGCGAGGCUGACGCUAAGCAACAUACACUAGCAAAAUACCUAAUGGAGCUGACACUGGUAGACUAUGACAUGGUUCACCAUCGUCCUUCAGAGAUUGCAGCUGCUGCAUUAUGCUUGUCCCAAAAGAUUCUGGGAUAUAACAAAUGGGAUACAAAGCAGCAGUACUACAGUGGGUAUACAGAAGACAGUCUUGUGCUGACUAUGAAACAUAUGGCCAAGAACGUGGUCAAAGUAAAUGAGAAGUUAACAAAAUACACUGCUAUAAAGAACAAGUAUGCAAGUAGCAAACUACUGACGAUCAGCACAAUCCCUCAACUGAGCGGCAAGAUAAUCAAGGACCUGGCUUUAUCGCUCUUAUGAUAACCCUAGGCAGCCAAGCACUGAUGGUAUAUGGACUUUGUCCUCAUUUGUCUAUUGAGGCAAAACUACCGCUUUUUGUACAUAGCGUUCUAGCCUUACCACAGAUGUUUCAGACUGGCUCAGAGGGUGAAAUUUUAAACUUGCUUUGUAAUACAACUCUCUACCUAGAAAUAAAG